AUGAUCCAUGGUCCUGGAUCUAGUUCGAAGAAGAACAUUGCACUCAAGGCCAAGAAAUCAUCUAAGAAGAUUGUCAGCUCCAGUGAAGAAUUUGAAGACUCGUCUUCGUCUGAUGAAGAAUCCAACUCCAGUGAUGAGCUUGCUCUGUUUGUGAAGAGGUUCAAUAAGAAGUUUGGAAACAAACUGAAGCAUCAAGGUGAAUCCAGCUCCUCCAAGCAUCGGAAAUCUACUCAUCGGAAGAAAUCUGAUAUGGCCAAAAGAGCUUGCUUCAACUGUGGCAAGAAAGGUCACUUCAUCGCUGAAUGUCCCGAGAAAGCUGAUGAAGACAAGGAGAAGAAGGGAUUCAAGAAACAUCCUCACAAGAAGAGCCAUGACCGACACAAGAAGAAGGAUUGGAAUAAGGACUCUGCUCACAAGAAGAAGUCUGAAGAUGGCAUCGCCGGAUUGGCCGUAGCUAUUUCAUCUGCCACAGAGAAGAUUUCACCUUUUGACUCUGCAGAUUCAUUAUCUGAAGAUGCCUUCGGAGACGAUCGCAACUCAGCAUCAUGCUUCAUGGCAAAAUCCUCUAAGGUAUCAUUUCAUAGUGAAGUUGAAGUGAAUUCUAGUGAUAAGGAUGAAACUGAUAAUGAAGGAUCUGAACUCAUGACAUAUGAAAGACUUCAGUUCAUUGUUGAGAAGCAAGAAGACUUGCUUAUCACUGAGAUCAAGAAGAACACUAACAUGCCUAAUGAACUCAAAAGACUCAAGUCUAAGUUUCAGGCGAUGGAAGAGCUCAUAAGGAUCUGA